CCGGUUGAUGAUUUCGGUGUUGGUAGCAUUGGUCCAUGGUGGGGAGAAAGGAGAGAGAAUACAGUGAUCGGUAGUUUUUUCGUUUGUCACCGUGAAUGCGUUUUGAUGAUAAAUUCUCCGUGUCCGCCGAAUGCCGUUCGAACCGAUAAUCGCUGUAAAGUAACGUACGCACGUCGUCGACAUUUAUAACGUGAUCCGGCCGACCAACAACAGACUCAGAAUUUAGGCCGCCGAGAGCCGUAUGUGUUUUUACUGUUCAGUCAUUCAGUGUACAUGCAUACCGUUAGUUGGAUAUGUUGACAGUGUGAAUUAAUAAUUAUUAGGCGGUAAAAAUAUAAAUUAAAUUAUCUUUAUAACAUAGGUAUUAUUCGGUUUGUUUAUAAAUUUGUAUUGACAUACCUAUAUAUAUAUUCAUAAAUAAAGUACAUAGAAAUUAUUUUUCAUCUACUUAUUAUAAUAUACAGGACGGCUGAAAAGUAAGUCGGGGUGGUUUGAUGGCUUAGAAAUUUCAUUCAGUUUUUAUCCCUUGAUAAUCCUUCUACAGUAUUGUUUUUCCUCCAAAUAGUUUUAUUUAACACCCGAUUGGUGUUUGAAUAUCUUGAAUGUUUUAGCACAUGUUUUCCCUAUCAAGAAAUACUAAUCUAAUAUUUGCAUACCUAUUGAUGUGGUUUGCUUUUAAUUACCUAUACCUAUUACGUUGCAUGUUACCAAUUCAAAAAUUGACCGUGUUAUUUGGAUCAUAAUAUGCUAUGUUCAUACCAUUACUAACUCGUGUACAUAAUUAAUAUUUUACCAUUUCUUGCUAUAAAGUUAAGAUUUUUGAUCAAUUUAAUCAUUUUUACAUUGCAAAAAGGUAUGUAGGUAGUUUAAAUAUGUAUACAUUUCAUUAAUAAAGUCUAAUUUAUCAGAGCUAUCUUCGUUAUUGUAUUAUAUUUUUUAUUUAUUAUCCAUGAGUUUUGUUUUUGGUAAAUGUUCAUUAAGUAGGCAUGCCUAUUGAUAAUCUCUAUUUAAUUUGUUCCUCGUAGUCAUGUUUUAAAUUUACCUAUUUAAAUUUAUUUUCUUAAUUUUGCUUAGCAAUUAUUUAUGAUUUAUAAAAUACAUUUAUAUACUACCUACCUAUAUCUAGUUAUAUUUUUGGAAACCUUUUGAAUAGAUUUUUUAUUCAAUUAAUAUGCUUUUAUAAGUUAUUAGUAAAAGUACAAAUAAUUGUAAUUAUAUAUUAUAGUCAUAAUUUAUAUUUAUUAAUGUCAAUUCAAGUAUUAUAAUACAUACAGUUCUAGUAAGUAAGUUAAAUUCUUGGUUAAAUUUCAAAUACCUAGUUUGUUGUAUUAUAUUGUAACUACAAUAUUAUAGGUUCUAUAUCCAAAAAAAAAAACUACAAAUUAAUUGGGUACCUAUGUAUUUAAUAGAAGAUAUAGAUAAAUUUUACAAUAAAUAUUUACUAUAUAAUAAUUGUAUUAUAAUCUUAAUUUGUGUAAUUAAUAGGUAGUAUUACUAUAUUUAAUAUUUUUUAAAUACCUAUAAAGUUUUAGUUGAUAAUGAAAAAGAAAUUGAUUUAAAAUUGUUUAAAUUGGUUUUUUAAAACCCAAUUAAUCUUUUUAAUAUGACUUAAAUUAAUUAUAGAAAUCUACUUUGAUGAUUUAACUAAAAAUAAAUUAACAUAGUAACCACAUUUAAGUAUAAAUAAUGAAUUUUGUAUUUUUUCGAUGUAGGUAUAUUGCCUAUUAUUUUAUGGUUUUAUAAAUUCCAUUUAAAAAUAAAAGUUGAGUUUUGUGAAAAUAUAAUGUCUAUACUAUAGGUAUUAAAGGUGAACACUUUAGGUGCAUUUAAUUAUGUAUUUGAAAUAAAAUAUUUAUAUUUCAGAAUAAUUAUUUAAUUUACUCAAUUAGUUAUUCUUUAUAUUUGAUAUUUUCUUGAGCUUGAUAUUAUACCGUCCUCCUGCAGAUUGAAUAAAAAUAAUAGUUUGUCGCUAUUACCCCGACUGGUCAUUCAGUUUAUGUUAUUGAAAUAAGCGCAUGAAUCCGCAAUCUGGUACAUGGCCACAAAAAUCGAUGAGAACCCGAUUAAACGGUACAAACCUUCCAGUCCGACACCUCAGUUGAGAUAGUAAGUUGUAAAUAACCAUAAAUUUAUAAUUAAAGUUUUACAAAAUCAUUAGGUACAGUAGGUAUACUUUUGGUGUUGGGCUUGUAUGCUUUUUAAGAACACUUACUGGAUUGGUAUAACAUGCCUGUAUCUGGUAGUUUGAAUUGUAUUCCAAAAAUAAUUUUAUUUGCUUCUUGUUCUGUUGUUUCAUUAAUAAUAUUAUCCUUGAUAUAUAUAUGUAUCCACCCAUGACCUGUCAUACAAUUUUCCUUGCGUUUUUAAAACGUCUUAACUAAUUGAAUUGGUUUUUGGCAGCCAAGAGAACGGAAACAAUAUAAUGGAUAUAACUGAAAACAAUGUAGCAACUGAAAAAGUUGUUAUUUUGGAUGCAGGUGCUCAAUAUGGUAAAGUAAUUGAUCGAAAGGUCAGAGAACUAAAUAUUGAAAGUGAUAUGUUGCCAUUAAAUACUCGAGCAAUAACAAUUAAAGAAAAAGGAUAUAGGUAAUAUUACUAAUAUUAUAUUUUUAAAUGUAUAUUUUUUUUUUAAUGUCAGGUAUUACAAAUUGUAAUUUUAGGGCUAUAAUAAUUUCUGGAGGUCCUAAAUCAGUUAAUGCUUUGGAUGCUCCAACAUAUGAUACUGAUAUAUUUAGAAUAGGAAUACCAAUUUUAGGUAAGAUUUCUUUUCUAUUUUUAUAUUUUAUUGUGUAAUAAAGUCUCGCUUUUUAAUUUUAGGGAUUUGUUAUGGCAUGCAAAUGAUGAAUAAAGAAUUUGGUGGUCAGGUUUCUGCAACUGUUGGUCGUGAAGAUGGUAUUUAUAAUGUUGAUAUAGAUUGUCAAUGUUUAUUGUUUAAGUAAGUUUUUUUGCACUAACUGAUUUAUACAGGACUGGAAAGAAUGGCUGAAUAGUUGUGGGGGACUGUCUUGACUGUUGAAAAUCCAACUAAUUAUGUGGGGCGUGCGGAUAAAUUUUUCCUUAAUGAACUCCAGCGCUAUUUUUUAAAAUGAAAUGUGCAGUGAGACUAAUAAAGGAAUUGAAUCUGUAAACUGCAUUGUGCGUUUGUUUUUUUUUUUGUCAUGUUAUUGGUCGUUUUCAGUCCUAGUUUUUUAUAAUCUGGUUUUUAGUAAAAAUAAACUUGCAAUGUUGAUAUAUUAUAAUUAUAUUAUUUUUUAUUGUAAAUUAAGAUCAUUAAGUAAAGUCCAAACUGUUCUUCUUACUCAUGGUGAUUAUGUUACAAAAGUCGCUGAUACCUUUAAAGUGAUAGCGACAUCAAAUAAUAUGAUUGCUGCUAUUGGUAAUGACAUUAAAAAAAUGUAUGGUCUACAAUUUCAUCCAGAAGUAAGUAAUAUUGAAAUUUAGCUUUAACAGUGUUUUUUUUUUAAUAAAUUUAAAAAUGUACUUUUGUGCUAGGUGAAUUUAACUGAACAUGGUACUCAAAUGCUUAGAAGCUUUCUAUACAACGUAGUUGGUUUAACAGGAUUAUAUACUAUAUCAAGCCGUGAACAUGAAUGUAUUAAAUACAUUCGUGAUAAAGUUGGUCAGAGUAAAGUUUUGGUAUUAUUAAGUGGUGGUGUUGAUUCUACAGUUUGUGCUGCACUAUUACAUCGAGCAUUAGAUCGAGAACAAGUAAUAGCUAUGCAUAUAGAUAAUGGUUUUAUGCGUUUAGAUGAAAGCAAACAAGUAAUGCAAUCUUUAACUGAUUUAGGAUUAGACGUAAAAGGUAUGCAUGAAUUAUUCUUAAUAUAACUAUUCUUAGUAUUGUUAAUUCAUACAGAAUUUUUUUUUUAUUAGCUGUAAAUGCGACAUUUGAUUUUAAAUAUGGUACGACUAUAUUCCCUGAUCUGCAUGUGUCCAAUCGUACUAGAAUUUCUCCUCCUCUGUGUCAAACUAGUAAUCCCGAAGAAAAAAGAAGAAUAAUUGGUGAUGUUUUUGUUAAGGUAGUAACGUUUUCAUUUUUAUGAUUAUUGUAAUUAAUAUUGAUUUACUUUUAGAUUGCUGAUAAGUUCCUGAAAAUAUUAAAUUUAUCAUCGGAAGAAGUGUAUUUGGCUCAAGGAACUUUGAGACCAGAUUUAAUUGAGUCUGCUUCAAAGUUUGCUAGUAAAAACGCAGAUACUAUAAAAACCCAUCAUAAUGAUAGCAAAUUAAUACGUGAAUUACGAGAUAAAGGACGUGUCAUUGAACCUUUACAAGACUUUCACAAAGAUGAAGUAUUUAAUUACUUUUACAAUUUUGAAUAAGUACCUAAUUAUUUUUUGUUUAUUUUAGGUCAGAAGGUUAGGAAUGGAUUUAGGAUUAAGUGAAAGUAUUGUAUAUAGACAUCCAUUUCCUGGUCCUGGUCUAGCUAUAAGAAUAUUAUGUGGAGAUGAACCAUUUAUCGAAAGAGAUUUUUCUGAAACUCAAGUUGUAGUUAAAAUUGUUGUGGAAUACCGAGAUAUGGUUUUAAAGGUAUAUUUUUUUGCUGUAGCAUAUAAUUAUUAUUUAUAACAACUAAUUAGUUUUUUUCCUAUGUUGGGAAAUAAUUUAAAAAAAAAAAAUUAACUUUUACUUUUAUUCCCAAAAUAACAUAAUAGAUUAUAUCACUGACUAAGUAACAAUAUCUAUUAAGAUUAAAUUACAUUGUUUUCGUGUAUUUUAGAAUAUUAUGAUUCAAACAGUCCAUUCUCCUUUAAAUAAAAUUGAAUUGUAGUCCAAAAGUUAGAGAAUUAAAAUAAAUGAGGACAAAUUCAUAUAAGGUAAUUUAGGAUCAGUGGUUGGUAACCUUUUUGCUCUGUUUGCAUUUAAAAAUUUUAAAAAAAUUCACUGGCCAAACAAAAAUUAAAAUUGCAGUCUUAUUUUAAAAUUUGAGUUGAUAUGUUUAAAUUUUCAUUCAAGUGUGAACAUAAAUAUUAUCUGCUCAAAUCAAAUAUUAAAUAAAAAAAGGUUUUAGGUAAUGCGACUUUGUCUAAAUUAUUUAGACUAAUAUUUAUCAGGUAUGCUUAAAACUUAAUUUUUGAAAAAUUCUGUAUCUAUACAUGUUUUUUUCUUGCAUAGUUAUUUUCACAUUAGGUGUAAAAAUGACUUUAUUUUGAAUGGAUACUUUUGAAAAACAUAGUUUUCUGUAGUUUUUGAACUUCAAUUACUCUUACCUGGUCAUGUGAGGUGUCACAUUUAAUUUAUGUUUGGAAUCAUAAUAUCAUUAAAUAUUGUAUUCUUUUCAAUACAUAAAUUAAAUAAUGAUAAAUUUGGCACAUUACUUACUUUAUUUUCAAUUACAAGGUGAUUGACCCACUUUUUUGAAAAAAAUAUACUGAAUUAAUUUUUUUAGUAACAUACAUAAUUGAUAAUUGAUACUUAAUUUACUACACUAUAUAAUUACAUAAACAACAUACCAAGUUGUAGUUCAAGCAAAAAACGGGAUGCGACUGGUUUGAAAAUUAUGAAUAUCUUAGAUUCAAUUAUAUUCUAUGCAUGCAGACAUUAUAUAUAUAGAUAUUAAUAUAUUAUAAUCUUAUAUAUAAAAUUUUCGUGUCGUGUGUUUGUGGUUGCACUCUGAAAUGGCAUGACCAAUUUUAAUGAAAUUUUUUUGUAUGUUAGGUAGGUAUUAAAGUAUUUUUCACUUCACAGUAAUUUUUUUUUGUUGAUUUGUGUUACCCCGGUAACGGAUGAAAAAAAAAAAAUGAAAAUUAAUUAUUAUAACAAAGUAGUUGAAAAAUAUGUGAUUAUCAAAAUCGGUCUUGCCGUUCUUGAUUUUUCAAUGGUGUAAUUAACUUGACUUUGUUUUAUUUUUAUAAGAUUUUUGUUUAUUCAAGGGUUGCAUGAAAAAGAAAACUAUUAUAAUUAUUAUUAUUGCUAUUAUUUACACUAUUCAAAUUUCACAAUUGAACACAUUUAGUCCGCCGAAUGUGAACUUGUCACUUUCCACCUAUUUGUUUUCAUUCAAUUCUGACACGGCUAAAACCAAACAUGAAUAUGGGUAAAAUAAUAAUAUACAUAUACAGGUGUCCCAUGAUGAUCUGUCUUUUGAAAUAACUUUUGUUCUGAUUAGAUAUUUUUUUAAAUAAUUAGGUAUGCCUCUACAAUAUAUUCUAUGUAUGAACAUUUUCUUUAGGUGGAGGGGGAUUUAAAAUGAAGAAUUUUACUUUAAUUUUUUAAAAAAAAUUAAAAAUAGCCAUUUUGUAAAAUAGAUUUUUAGAAAAAUGUUGGUGGUUGAAAUUUGUUAAAAUACUGUCUUUUAGGUUCUAUAAUUUUUUGGAAAUUAGAAUAAUUUUAUUUUCAAUUGUAACAAUAUUUUUUAUCAACAUAAAUUACCAGUAUUGAUUUACUUCUCCAAUAACCAUUAUCUAUAAUACGAUAAUAUUAUUGCAUGAUAUUAAUUCAUGGAAAAGAAAAUUCUUGUCAUGUGCCCUAACUAAUUGAUUAAAUUUCAAAUAGAAUAAACCACAAUAGGUAAUAUUCACAUUUGCAAAAACUUUAAAAUAUUGUAGAAAAUAAAAGAUCAUACUUUAAAAAAAGUUUCAACCACCACACAUUUUUUAAAAAUCUCUUUUGAAUAUCUUUUAAAAAAUUAUAGUAAAAUUUAAAAUUUUUUAUUUUAAGUCACCCUCUCCCUAAAAAAAAAUUUCAUAUAUAUACUGCAGCGCAGAGGUAUACUAAUAAUUUAAUAAUAUUUACGUAUGUCAAAAAUAUUGAACAGCCCAAUGCUUUUUAUAAAUUCUUAAUUCUUAAUUCUUAAAUUAAAUUCCUAGUUAUUGCAAUAAAUAAAAACCAACUAGGUUUCACGACACAAAAUAUAAACAUAAUCAAGUUAAUAUACAUGUCUUCAAAAUCCAGACAAAUAAUCAUUAUUUAGGGAAAUAAACAUUAAUACUGCAUAAUCAAUAUAAAUUAAAUGCAUAUCAAAAUAUUUUGGGCUAAAUUUGUCAGAAAUAAAUUUUUAUCUAUUAUUCAAUAAUUUGGCUGGCUGUAAUUACCCAAUUACUUUUAUGUUUAGCAUAACUGCAAUUUUACUGUUUUAGAUUAUUAUGAAUAUUGCAUAUGGCAUAAUUUUGAUUAGGUUUGGUUUUAUGUAUUCUCUUUUAUUUGUAAUAAAUAUUUAUUAUUAUUUAGGCACUUAUAUUUAAUUUAAAUAUUUUUAGAGUCAUGCACUUUUAAAUAGAAUAGAAAAUGCAACUUCCGAAAAUGAACGAAAAAUGUUGUAUGAAAUAUCUUCCAAACAGAAAAUGACUGCCACACUUUUACCAAUAAAAAGUGUUGGAGUUCAAGUAAGUAUUUCAUUACUAUUUUUGUAUACAUACACAUAAAUACAUAUAUAUAUAUAUAAAAAAACAUAUUUUUGGUAUGAAAAAGUGUUGUUUAUUUCUAGGGUGAUAAACGUUCUUACAGUUAUGUGGUAGGCAUUUCUUGUACAAACCCUGAGCCCAUUUGGGAAGAUCUGUCAUAUUUGGCCAGAAUAAUACCUAGAGUAUGUCACAAUGUUAAUAGGGUAUGUUAUAUUGCUGGUCCACCAGUUGCUUACCAAGUGUUGGACAUAACACAUACAUAUUUAAAUGUUCAAGUGAUAAGUUUGCUGAAAGAAGCUGAUCAUGCAGUUAAUAAGGUAUGGCAGUUAAAUAAUAUAAACAUAUAUUUUUUAAUCAAAUAUUAUUGGGGGUUUUCAGGUUUUAACAGAAUGUCCAACUAGCAUGCGGAAAGUAAGCCAGAUGCCAGUAGUUCUUAUUCCUGUACAUUUUGACCGAGAUGUUGCAUACCGCCAUCCAUCAUGUCAACGUUCAGUUGUAAUUAGGCCAUUUAUUACAGAAGAUUUUAUGACUGGUAUUCCUGCAUUGCCUGGAAAACAUAUAUCUGCUCCAGUUAGUAGAUUUAUUAUAUUCAUAUAGUGUCAAUCCAUUUGAUGUUUUUUUAAAUUUAUAAAAAAAAAAAUGUUAUGUUUAGCUUGUACACAAAAUGAUGGCUGCUGCUCAAGAAAUACCUGGUAUAUCUCGAGUUUUAUAUGACCUAACGCCAAAACCUCCUGGUACUACAGAAUGGGAAUAAAAUAUAUUCUAAUAAUUGGUCGAAUUUUGAAAAACAUACUUAAGAAACGUAAGUUUCAUUGCCCUACUAAAUAAAAGAUAAAUAUUUAAUACAAUUGCUCACUGGUGGUUCAUCAAUGGUAAAAACAAAGUUUUUACUUAUUUUCCUAAAGAGUUUCCAAAAACCAAACUAUUUUGCUGUAAUAUUAUGAUUUAAACUCCAUUGAUCAAUAUUUAUUUUUUGAUAAAUUAUUAGUCCUGAUUGUUGUUUACAUACUAAGUUUUUAUUAACACUGAAAUAAGUCUGUAAAAUAUUAUUUUAAUAUGCUAAUGAUAACCUGAAUGUACUGACAAUUAAUUGUGAAACACAACUCAAAUAGAAAGAGCCUUUUGUACAAAGUAAAAUCUCUAUUCUAAUAAUAUAUAACUGUAUCACCAACAUCUGAUUAGCUUAAUAUGUUAUUAUAAUUUCAUUAAAAAUAUAUACUUGUAUUUACUACCAAUGAAGGAUUUAAAUCAAUAUUCUAUUUCUUUUUUUGUUAAUGUUUUAAAAUUGUGUAAUUAUUGAAUAAAAAUUCAUAUGAAAAAAAAUAUGCUUUCAUUAUUUUUUUUUUAUUUAUAUUGUAGUUAUUAAUUAGCUAUGAAAUCUAAUCAUUACAUUUUACUACAUAUGCGAGUACUGAAACAUGAAUAUGUUUAUGACACCAUACUGGAAAUUUGAUUGUCAAGAGUAAUAUGUAUAAAUUAUUAUAUUGUAUUCAUUACAUAUUUAUGUCAUAGAAUUUAAUGUUAUACAUUCUAACUUAU